AUGGGAAGUGAGCAUUACUGCCUGAGGUGGAACAAUCAUCAGAGCAACUUGCUGGGUGUGUUCAGUCAGCUACUUGAGUCUGAAUCACUGGUUGACGUGACACUGGCGUGCACAGAGGGUCCAUCGAUACGCGCGCACAAGGUUGUCCUAUCAGCGUGCUCAAGUUACUUUCAAACACUGUUCCUAGAUCAUCCAAAUCGUCAUCCCAUUGUCAUACUCAAGGACGUAAGAUUUACGGAAUUACGUACUCUAGUUGACUUCAUGUACAAGGGUGAGGUUAAUGUCGAGUACUGCCAAUUAUCGGCUCUAUUGAAGACUGCUGAGAGUCUCAAGGUCAAGGGUCUUGCGGACAUGACAAAUAUUAAUGCAGCAGUUGCAUCAAGGGAUGAACAACAGCAGCAUAUUAACGCUGAAACACCGCGUGACAAUAGAAAUGAGACACGUGAGAGGGACAAAGAGCGUGACAAAGAGCGUGACAAGGAGCCACCUAAGGACAAUGAACAGGUGUUAUUGCAGCCGAAUCAGAAUCAGAAUCAGAAUUCGCAACAAGUGUCACUGACGGCAAGUGAAAAUUCGGAAGCUGUCGACAUGACGGAGUGCCCACCAUCACCAGCCAGAGUCAACAGCCCCUGUCCAGGUCCACUCGCUUUGGACAGACCGAGGAGAGACUCCGAGGAUGCUGUGAGCUUAGAGGAAACAAGGGGAUCACUCAGUCCAAUUUCGGUGCACAGUGGUCCAAGUGAUAUGACUCUUAGUAAUAACACGAGUACAACUGGUGGAUUGCCGUUGAAUUUACCGCAGAGUCGGCUUCCGUCCCCACACAGUACUGAGCCCCUGGCUGGACCAUCUGGCUUACCGCCGGUCCAACAGGUACCCCUUUCCUUGAAGAAGGAAGUGGACUGGGAUAGGUCGACCGAGGAGCGUUGUGCCAGCAGUGAAAUAUCAACGGAUUACAGACUCCCACCAGAUCCGGUGAGUCUCUUUUCGAUGUCAUUGGCCCUUGGUUUGGAGGCAGGUGGUUGGGGUGCGCUAGUCGAUCGUGCCCGUAGUACAGGCAGCCCUCUCCUCCCCCAGAGUACAUUCGGCCUAGCCACCCUGGCCCGUAGAUGCGGCGUAUGCCUGGCAACAUUCCCCUCAGCCUGGCUCCUCGAGCGUCAUGCGCUCCUUCAGCACGCUGGCCAGCCAAAUGACGAUAAGCCCUUCACCUGUGAGCAGUGCGGCCAGCGUUACCGUUAUCGCUCGGCAUACGUUAAACACCGGGAGCAGAAUCAUCGCGCCCGCCUGCCCGCCGACAAGCUCUUCACGUGUGACGUCUGUGGUAUGCAAUUCAGGUAUUUAAAAUCAUUUAAAAAGCACAGAUUGAAUCAUGCUCUAGAGCGUCUGCAACGCGGACCCGAGCACUUGGCGAAUAGAUUGUCGAUAGUAUCGACACCAGCUGAGAGAAGUGAUCAGGUCUCGAGCACUGGUGAGCCGUCUAUUGUGGAGGGUAGAAGUGAGGCCGCCAGUCCAACGAACGAAACGGAGGAGACUGCCAAAGAUUUGACGGAGAGUGCGAGUAUAGAGACGAAUUCGGAGACAGCGAGUCUGCAGGAGGUGCAGGAAGCUCCUGAUCAGCCUAUCGACGCCACGAGGUCGGUUAUAAUGGCGCAGACCGAGGGCGACACCCCGGAAACCAAUGAACAUACCAUGGAGGAGGCCUCUGAGGCCACUGAGAGGGUCCUCAGCAUCGUCAGGGCACAUGACACUGACCGACGCGAGCGACGGUUCGCUUGUCCCUUCUGCGGAAAGUGCGUCAGGUCGAAGGAGAAUCUCAAGCUUCAUGUUCGCAAGCACACCGGGGAGAGACCCUUCGUCUGCCUGUUCUGCGCCAGGGCGUUUGGAGGCAAGAGCGACUUGACUCGGCACCUGCGGAUCCACACAGGGGAACGACCCUAUCACUGCGAAAUGUGCGGCAAGUGCUUCGCACGCGCCGAUUAUCUGUCAAAACACCUCACGACUCACAUCCAUCAGCGUUAG